AUGGAUGCUUUUGGCUUAGUAGGUGGCUUUCUUCCAGGCUCUCAUUUCUCCAUGGUGUGGAAAACAGGGCUUCCCGUCCGCUCAGCCGUACUUAAGCCACACGCCGGGGGGUUAGUAGUUGGGUGGGUGACCACCAGCGAAUCCCUUCUGUUUAGAUGGGCCCGGUCUGAGCACGAAUUGCUUCCUUUUGCUAGGGAGGAUAGCUCGCGGCGUCUAUCUAUAUCAGCCCCCAAAGGGAAGCCGAUCGGCGCCAAAGUGGAGGUCUUCGGCUUUUAUGCCAUUGACAGCCAAAGUAGGGUCCAGAGCCGACCGUAA